AUGAAAGAAGAAAAUUUCCUCAUCACAGCUUUAUUGGCUUUAGAGCCGAAAGACGUGACUACCGUGAUCACAGAAGAGGAGUUCGCCGUCUCCCGCCGGAAUGUUGAACCGGUGCCCGACCUGUGGACCGAUAUGGAGAGGAUGUUGAGGCGUUAUAACUCGCCCAGGACGCGUCGACGUGCAGUCCCCGGGUCCAUUCAACCGAAACUUCCAUCUCUCCCCAGGCUCAGCCUUCGUCUGCCGACCAAGAGGCCAGUAACGUUCCCCAACUUCGAGUCAAUGGGAAGACCGAUGUCUGCUGCAGAAAAAUCCAGGAAUGAACUCCUCGCUUGGCCCAAGAAGGUAUACGAUCCGAGACUUUUCCAAAACCAAGAGGAGAUCGUCCCGGUGGGUCCAAAACAGACCCCUCUUGCCCCGCAAUCCCAUCCCCACGGCCCUUCACCAUCAUGUCAAGUCGGUGAGCACGACGGCCCUGAUGGAAACGACGAACACCCGCUGAUGAGUUUGAGCCAACUGAUCGCUGAAGUCGACCAAUACUACAGACCCUCCUGA